AUGUCCAACAGCAGCUCCAUCACUGAGUUCCUCCUCCUGGCAUUCGCAGACACGCGGGAGCUGCAGCUCCUGCACUUCGGGCUCUUCCUGGGCAUCUACCCGGCUGCCCUCCUGGGCAAUGGCCUCAUCCUCACAGCCAUAGCCUGCGACCACCGCCUCCACACCCCCAUGUACUUCUUCCUCCUCAACCUCACCCUCAUCGACCUGGGCUGCAUCUCCACCACUCUCCCCAAAGCCAUGGUCAAUUCCCUCUGGGACACCAAGGACAUCUCCUAUCAAGGAUGUGCAGCUCGAGUCCUUUUUUUAGUCUUGUUCUUUGAUGCAGAGUAUUCCCUCAUCGCCGUCAUGGCCUACGACCGCUACGUUGCCAUCUGCAAGCCCCUGAUCUUCAGGUUGGUGCUCAGGAUGCCCUCUGUGCAGGGCCAGCACAAAGCCGUUUCCACGUGCCUCCCUCACCUGGACGUGGUCUCCCUCUUUCUCAGCACAAUCAUGUUUGCCCAUCUAAAGCCCACCAGCAUCUCCUCCCGAUCCCUGGACCUGGUGGUGUCAUUUCUGUACUCAGUGGUGCAUCCAGCAGUGAACCCCCUCAUCUACAGCAUGAGGAACCAGGAGCUGAAGGGUACAACCUCCACCACCCUGCGCCAGACGCUGGCCAGCUUCCUGACUGGGGACAGCACCUCCUUUGCUCAAAGAGGUGGGAGCACUAUCAGCUGCACCUUCUGCAUGAAUUGA